UCGUUUCACUUCCGCUUUGACCAUUUCAGCGAAGACACACCACAGUCGAGCAAAAUCAUGGCUGGAAUGGAAUUUGAGUACGACGAAGAAGGAAGCACCUUCUAUUACUUCUUACUAUCUUUUUGGGCACUCAUUAUCAUACCUGCAACAUACUACGGCUGGCCAAGACGGCUUACUGAAGAUGAGAAAGAACGGACCAGAAGAGAAUGUCACUGUACACCAUGUGAUGCAAAACGUCAAAGAGUUCAAGCAAAGACAUCAUGGGUAAAGACCAGGCGCAGACUUGUGCAAUUUCUGUUAAUAUUUGGCUGGGUGAUAUUUUUCUUAUUGGCGUACAAGGUAUCCAUGAUUCAAGUGGACUACACGGAGUAUGAUCCAUUCCAGAUCCUUCAGAUUGACAGGGGUGCAAGUGACCGUGAAAUAAAGAAAGCAUACAGAAAACUCAGUUUACAGUAUCAUCCUGACAAAGAGACGGGGGAUAGUAAAAUGUUCAUGAAAGUUGCCAAAGCUUAUGCUGCGUUGACUGAUGAAGAAUCAAGGAAGAACUGGGAAGAACAUGGCAAUCCUGAUGGGCCAGGAGUGACCCGGUUUGGCAUAGGUUUACCUAGAUGGCUUGUAGAAAAGGAAAAUUCCAUGUGGGUGUUGAUGGUCUAUAUUGUUCUUUUCAUGGUUAUCAUGCCUGUGGUUGUGGGUGUUUGGUGGUACAGAUCUAUCAAGUUCAGCAAGGACCAGGUCCUCUUGAACACUUCCAGGCUUUACCUGUACUUCUUUAGUAAAAACCCACAGAUGAUCCUGAAAAAGGUUAUAAUGGUACUAGGAGCAUCAUUUGAGUUUGACAAGUCUAACAACCCAGAAAUUAAUGAACGACCCAGUGAUAAUGAAGAAGUGCCCCAGCUAAUGAAACAGUUACCUAACUUGGACGAGAAGAACAAGGAGCGCCCUCUGUGUUUUGGCUACAGUGUGAAAGCCAGGGCAUUACUACAUGCACAUUUUGCAAGACUCCAGUUACCCCCUAAUUCACUGGAAGAAGAUCGCAAGUAUAUUUUGAAGAAAUGUCCAGCACUUAUCAAUGAAAUGAUCAACAUUAUAUCACAGCUUGUUGCUAGUGCAAUGGCAAGACAAA